AUGAAGAAAUCGUCGCUCUUAGACGUCGCAAAUUUAGCGAGCUGGAAAUUGGGCAGUCGAAAUAUUCAAAAAGAGGAAGAAAAUGGAAUAUGUUUAUACCGAAAUCUGCAUCAAAAUCCUAAAACGAGUCAAGAUAGUUCAUCAAAGACGAGAAUCCCAUCUAAUUCUAUGUCGAACAGCUCUAUUCAACUUUUGGACGACGAAUAUAUUGGUCAUCCAUUUACAGUAGAAACAAUAGCAAUAAACAACUGUAUAAUAGCUAGUGGAAAUUUGAAUUUGCAACACUUGAGCCUAAGUUUUAAUCGCCUGACGAAUAAGACGUUGAAAAACUUCAUGUUAUGUCUGUAUUAUCAGGCUUAUAUGCUAUUAGGUAAUUCCAGAAAAGGGUUGAUAUAUGUAUUUUUGGAGGGUAAUGACAUCGAGAAGAAUGAAGACUGGACAAAGUUUCAAGACCUUUUGUAUCGCAGACGACAGAAAGAUCAAACGAUAGAAGAUAUAUUCGAGGAGGAAGAGCUCUUUAAAGAGCUCAAGAGAGAAAAAUCCAUUAUAUUGCCUUCAAGUUCCGAAAUCUUACGGAAGAAAAUCAGUGUUAUGGAAUUCCAGACACUUCAAUCUGAGUCAUGA